CUUUAUUUAAUAAGUAAGCUACAGCAAGAAAAUAGAUUAUAAGGUACUUUGUAUUAAAUGAAAGGAAGAAAAACUAACCAGCAGGAAAAUUUUAAGCUAAAUUUUGUUUUUUUUUACAAUUUUUUCAGGAUUUGCGGCAUUUGCCGAGAUGAUCCGACGAUUUCCGAUGUGUUUUGCGAAGAAAGUGAUAAACAAAGAUGGCGGGUGAUUUGAAUAAAAAAGGAGUAGAAAAAUUGACUUCAUCGCAACGUGCUGCUGGGUCUGUUCGUAUCCUACCAGGACAUGUGUUGGUGAAUGAAAAAUACCAAGGCUCAGUGUUAGUCAAGGUUUUACAAGGUACAUAGUUGUUUGUUUUUGUGGUAUCGUCUCAGACCUCUCAACUUUGCGGAGAAGUUAAGAGUGAGAUUGGGGAUGUGGAUGACACCUUUGUAAAAGUCCGGGGCCGGGGGUCUGAAAUGGCAUUUCGUACAUUAUGAGAGUUGGUGUUUUUUAAUGAAAUACGUCAUUGCUUCAUAACGUCCUUUAUUGAGACAAGGCACUAUAACUGUAUUUCUGUGACAUACAGUAAUGAGCUUUAAUUUGCGUGAUAAUUUACAUAUAGAAUUCUGCUCCGACUCAUUCUGCCUUUUGUCCGCCGUAUUUACAUAUGCGUACUAUUUUGUAUCCAUGCAAAUUGCGGGCAAAAGCCAAAAUGUCAGGCCAUAUAUGCAGGAACAAUAACACACGAUUAUAUAUUCGAUUAGCAAUCCGUAUAAUGAUUAAUAAUGUGCAUUUAUUAAGAAUACAAUAUUAUAUUAUUGAAAAUAUACUAUGAAACUGCUAUAUGCGUGAGAUUAACUAAUCGUGGCGUGAGAGCGUGAGAGUGAAGCGAAUUGCGUGAGACUCACGCCGAAUGUGUGAGAGUUGAGAGGUCUGUCGUCUGUUUUUAUCAUAUGCAUGUUCAAAGUUUUAUCAUUCUACUUUAAUUCUCAACAAUCAACACUAUACUGUACAACAUUGUACAGUAACCAUAGUGUUAUUUUCUGUGGCUGAGGAAUGAAAGAGGCAGGAAAUCAUUUUCUCGCACUGCUGGGGGACUGGGUCUAGGGUGGGGUCAGGGUUGUCAGAGUCUGAUAGUCACUUCUUUGCUUGCCUCGUGCUAGCCUGACCUAUUUUAGUUCAUUAAAGGUCAGGCUUCGCUUAUGUGUGCAGCAUCCCUCAGCAGUGUGUGCAUGAGAAAGAAUAUUUUUGCAGAAGUGGAUACCUUCCAUGACAUUGAAACACGAUAAGCUAUAGAAAUCAUAUAAAGAACAAAUCAAACAUACUAGUCAUUUUUGUUUCAGGAAACCAAUCGCAAAACAUACUGCAAAAGCAGCCUGGGCCUAAUUCAUUAUUCAUUCAUUUAUUACAGGAAGUGUUAAUGUUGUGUUUGAAAACCUUGGUUUUAUGGAUUUUCGGCCUUUGGGUGAUGUUGGUGUUUUGUUUUUGAAUGAAUCAGAGUUGAUUGGUGGAACUAGCUACAGACAGAGAAUUGUAAAAUUAGCUAAGGUAAGGUUCAAUUACUAUUCCUGUCUUUAUGAUUGGAUGCGACUGGCGAAAAAGAUAGAGUGGUUAAUGGUAGUUGCAUGCAUUCAUAACCAAAAUCACUUACUAGCUCACAUUUAGCGAUGUUAUGGCUGGGCAUCUAAUCUACUUCACACCAUUUUAGAUCCAAACCAUUCGAGGACUUGUGCUUUAUGAAAAGACAGCGAUGACUGAACAGUAUUGUGAACAACUUCAGAAAUUCACAGCUAUCAAUGUUGGUCUAAAUCUCUAUCCUGUCAGCUCGCAAGAGGAAGUCGCUAAAUUUCUUAUACAAAUGGUACAUGUUGUUGUCAAUAGACAACUUGCAUGUUAGACAAAUUUUUUAUUUAGGCAACAAAAAAACUAAAUUCCCGUAAAGAACUUAUUAAAAUCAGUAAAAUUGCAAAAUUUGGUUGCAAAAUGUUGUAAAAUGCAGAAAAUAUAGCCUUGCGAAGUUUGCAAUUUUCAGUCAUUUUGUAUUACGUGCGAAAAUUGUUACCAUGUUUUCGAGCCGAAAAUGGUAACAAUUUCCGCACGUAAUACAAAUAUACUGAAAAUAUGCAAACUUUGCAAGGCUAUAUUUUCCAAGCUUUACAACAUUUCGCAACCAAAUUUUGCAAAUUUACUAAUUUCAUUAUGUUCUUUUUAGCUGUGGUGUUUGAUUCCCUUUUCUCUGCUUAGAUUAAAAUUUAGUCUAACAUGCAAGUUGUCAAUUACAGUGGUUUCAUUUGUGCAAUAUGCAGUUGUCAUAGUCUUUGCUUGUGUAUUGCAUGGGAGAAGAGGGCUUCAAUUAAGGGAUAGACCUCUCUAAGCCUUUCAGGAGAACAGUUUAGAACUGCUGAUGGAACUAUCCUGUAACAUUUAUUCAAUUACAAUCUCUGUCAGUCUGUGCAACAGUUGUGUUAAGGGGAUGUGUUGGGUAUAACCAAACUAGCCUAGCCAUGUUUAUUUUUUUCCAUUUGAAGGUCAACCUGAGUGGUAAUCCAAGAAGUAAUCAAUUUUUAAUCAAGAAAUCACAGAAACCAAUAGAUCAAGCUCUCCUCUUCACUUUACAAACUGUUCCUGGACUAGGAGAAAAGAAAGCUCUUGCUUUGCUACAACGAUUUGGUAGUGAGUCUUGAUAAGAUUGGUUCUAGUAUUGUGCCCAGUAAAUUCAGAAAAGUUUGUCUUAAUUGUUAUAGUUUUCUCACUAACAAUGCUAAAUUAUAAUUAUUAAUUUCUAGAUUUAAAAGAUUUGAGCCAGGCUUCACAACAGGUAAAUGACAACCUUGUGUUAAACUAGCCAAACACAAACAUGUUCAUUAUGGUAUUUAUACCCUUGAAAAUUGUCUUGACCUGUCUUUUCGUCUCCAAGUUGACUUGAAGUGCGUCUCAACCUGUCUUUUUGCAUAAAAGAUUGCAUGAUUAUAAAUGCCAUUGGAUUGUCAAUAUAGACCAAGCUUUGUUUGUGGAAACACCACGUAAAUUUAUUACCGCAAAGCUUUCAAUCCGUAAGCCCGGAUCUUCAUCAGUGUUAAUAAUAUGAAUUUUGUUUUGUUCCGCAAACAAAACUAUUAUAUUUUAUCGCCAUGCAAACAUACAAAGAACUUAUAGACCAAGCUAUUCUAAAUGCAACACUUUCUCUGGAUAUGUAGUAAGAUCGCUGCAUAUUUUCAAAUUGUAUAAUAUGCUAAUGGUGUCUGCCUAAAAAGAAUUGUUUUAAUAAAAUACUGUACUGUACAUUUACUACAUUAAAAAUAAAUAUUUUUCACAACAGUAGACCACAUUCAUAAUACAGAUGGGUUUAAAUAUUCUUGUAUAUUCAUCUUAUUGAUGAGCCUUCUUGAUGUCAUUUCUGUGACUGGAAUUUCUGAAGCUAAAUGAGGGGUCUAAUUAAGAUAAGCACAUAAAAGAACAUUUAAAUUAAACAGAUCUAGUUGUCUAUUAAAUAUUUUUGAUUUUUCUAGGACAUUUCAAAGGUUGUUGGUGAUGCUUGUGCACAAACAGUCAAAUCAUUUUUUGGUUGUCCACCGAGAUAAGACCAGAAUCCAACAACGUGAUUCUAGUGAAUGAACACAUCAUGAAAACUGGAACAGGGUGAUGACAAUGUAAAUUGUGAGAUGGAAGCAACAAAAUGUCUAGGUAUAACUAGAACUUUGCCUAGUACAUAUUUUGUGAGCAACCAACAUUUGACCCAAAUUGGACCAAGUUUGAUGGGUACGGUAUUCCAACCUGGACCAACAGACAAGGUAUGCAAUGUCAUACCCAGGCUCUUUCCUCUAUGCCAAGAGCCUUCAGUUGGUACAAGGUUUGGUACGUACUGAGACAGAGUAAUACAGUCAUGGUGUUUUUCAAGAAUAUCAGUCAUGGCAAAGUUCUUGUCUUGAGUCUGCAAAACACACAGAGUUUCUUCUUCUCAGCAUUGUCAACUUGAGUGAUAGAAAAUUGCUUCUCACAUUUUUGACACUAUAUAAGAGGAAAAUAUGCAGUGUAUUUAAAGAUAACAAGAGAAAGAGACAAAUACUCUGACACUUAAUUUAUAAUCUCGUUCUGCAAGAGCAAAAAUAGCUGCUGAUGAACAGUAGCCUGUUUGAUACAGAUACAUGCUAAUGACAAAUCAGAAUAAAAAGUCAGUGAUGGCAAAUGCACGUCAUGUAUAUAUAGCAUCUCAAAACAAUUAUUUUGAGCAAAGUUUAAUUAAAAAUGUUUGCACAAGUGAAACGCAAAAAUCGUGGCUACAGGACAAACCUUGAUUAUUCUCAAUCCCAUGUUCUUCUUAUGUUCCAAAACAACUGGCAGAUCAUCCAGAUUUUUAAUGUUCCAUAGUCGGAUAGUUUUAUCCUAUAUGAAAAUCAAAUUUAAAACAUACAGAUUUCUUUUAGCCCCAAGUAAAUUAUUAGAUAUACUGAUACAGGGUGUUAGCUACAGUCAAAAAUUCGGUGUUAAAUGCGGUUUUCCCAAUUACAUUCAGGUCGCAAUUUCCCAACUUAGGUCAGCC